AUGGAUGCUGUAAUACUGAAUCUCCUGGGGGACAUCCCUUUGGUCACGAGGUUAUGGACCAUAGGCUGUCUUCUACUAUCUGGUCUCACAAGCCUACGAAUUGUGGAUCCAACAAAGGUAUUGUAUAGUUAUGAUUUAGUGUUCAAAAAGGGGCAGUACGGUAGACUGAUUUAUUCGAUAUUCGAUUACGGUGGGUUUAAUUGGAUAUCUAUGCUAAACAUUUUUGUCAGCGCGAAUCAUUUGUCAAUGCUGGAGAACUCAUUCAAUUUGAAAAGAAGGUUUUGUUGGAUAUUAUUUUUACUUUUGGUAAUAUUGGUCAAAAUGACGAGCAUUGUACAACCGAUUGCAUCACUCGGUGUUCUACUGCAUGAAAAUCUCGUAUACUAUGAACUUAAAAAAAACGGAAAUCAAAUGAAUAUACGGCUUUUUGGUGGUAUAGAUAUUUCACCAUCUAUAUUUCCUGUUUAUAUGAAUGCGGUACAGUAUUUUGUAUACAAGCGGAAUUGGUUAGAAAUCGCCAUGAAUUUCUUGCCCGGCCACUUCAUUUAUUACAUGGAUGAUGUAAUAGGUAAAGUAUACGGCAUCGAUUUGUGCAAGUCGCCAUACGACUGGUUCCAAAACACCGAAACGCCCUAA